CUGAAAGUGCAAUGGCGAUAUUGGACAAUAACAGCCAUCGCUUUUGGGGGACCACAUCUAUAUUAUGUGGCUAACGUUAAAGAAAACACCUCCAGUCGGCUGUAAAACCACAUGUAAUAUCGGCACACUGCGCGAGCGACUACCUGCGACCAGGAAAGGUGAUUCCACAGCCUCUGCACGCGAUGACAGUUUAGAGUGAAAAUAACGCUGGUGUGACGUGUGAACAGACACCAUGGCCACACAGGAGCCGUCCCCUCCCUCGUCCAUGGAGAGCAAUAAACCUGGCUUCCCCAAGAAGAUCCUGGGCAACAAGCUGGAGGACAAACACCUGUGCAACUGCUGCCACAACAUACUCAGACGACCGUUUCAAGCCCAGUGUGGACAUCGCUUCUGUUCCUACUGCUUCAACAGGACUGUGAGUAAUGGACCCCAGAAAUGCAGCGCGUGCAUCAAAGAGGAUAUUUUUGAGGAUCCUACAUCGAUUUUGAAACAAGGAUGUGCUUUUCCUGACAACGCAGUUCGAAGGGAAGUUGAAAGCCUUUCAGCUGUUUGUAUUAAUGAAAAUUGCACUUGGAAAGGCAGCAUUAAAGAAUACGAGUUGAACCACGAGGGGAAGUGUGAGUUCAUGAUCAUCCCAUGCCCCUCCUGUAAAGAACGAAUUCGCUUCAAUGAACAGGAGCGCCAUAAUGAGCGAGAGUGCCCGGAGAGAACGCUCAACUGCAAGUACUGCAAGGAGCCAUUUCACUUCAAAAACAUCAAGGCUCAUGAUGAGAUCUGUCCCAAGUACCCGAUGAUCUGUGAAGGCUGUGCCAAGAAGAAAAUACCCAGAGAAAAGUAUGUGGAUCAUAUCAAGUUCUGCAGCAAAUUCAGAACACCUUGUCGAUUUCAUGUCGUGGGAUGUGAUAUGUCUGUGGAAAAGGAAAAGAUUCAUGACCACGAGCGCGCCUAUGCCUACGAGCACCUCAAUCUGCUGCUGCAUUACAUUAUGGGCAUGAAAGUGAGCAUGGAGGGCCUGCAGCCCCAGGGACUGGAAGUAGCCGGACACAAACUGUUGGAACUCCAACAGUCCCUCAGGGAGCUCGAGGCCAGAGUCUCCCAGCUUAGCACCACCUCCUCUGGGCCUCCCGUGCAGGGAGCUGCCGCUGCCGCCUCCUCCUCAUCCUCCAGCUCCGGUCCCCCUGGUCCACCCACUUCAGCUCCUCUUCCUCCACCUCCCACUCUGGCUCCCACCCUGUCUGUGUCUACCUCCUUCACUCCUCUGCCCAGCUCGGUGGGCGCUGCGCUGGAGCUCCAGCUCCACAGUGAGAAGACCAAGGUGGUGGAGCUGGGUCGCAGGUGUACGGAGCUUGAAGUCAAAUCGGGCACGUUUGAAAAUGUGGUGUGUGUCCUGAACAGAGAGGUGGAGAGGUUUGCCACCACCAUGGAGGCCAGCAACCGUCAGCACAAACUGGACCAGGACAAGAUCGAGGCUCUGAGUAACAAGGUGCGACAGCUGGAGAGAACAGUUGGGCUCAAGGACCUAACAGUUGCUGAGAUGGAAGGCCGGCUAAGGGAAAUGUCUGCCACAACCUUUGAUGGUGUCUUUGUCUGGAGGAUCUCUGAUUUCGCCAAAAAGAGACAGGACGCCAUCGCAGGUCGAGCCCCUGCCAUGUUUUCACCAGCCUUUUAUACCAGUAAGUACGGCUACAAGAUGUGUCUGCGGAUCUAUCUGAAUGGAGAUGGGACGGGGCGUGGCAGCCACUUGUCCUUGUUUUUUGUGGUGAUGAGGGGACUGAAUGACGCUCUGCUCAAAUGGCCUUUCAACCAGAAGGUGACUCUGAUGCUGCUGGACCAGAGCAACAGGGAGCACAUCAUUGAUGCCUUUAGACCCGAUGUCACUUCCUCUUCCUUCCAGCGACCUGUGAGUGAGAUGAAUAUCGCCAGCGGGUGUCCGCUCUUCUGCCCGCUAUCCAAGCUUGAUGCCAAGAACUCGUACAUCCGUGACGACACCAUCUUCAUCAAGGCAAUAGUGGACCUCACUGGCCUCUAGACAGACUCCACAGAGGUGGUAUAGUUUGGCAAACCAGGCAGCUCUUUGACCAUUUAAGGCUUCAUUUUGGCUCAAUCAUGGUCCCUUUAGGGCUCUGUUCAGGCAUCUUACUGUCCCCUGCAGCUUUAGGGAGACAAACAUGCUUGCAACUGUAUGCUGCAUGUGGCUACAGUUUGCUCCGUCGGGGCGGCACUGGCAUUGUCAUAUCGUGGUGGUCUGUAUGAGAGAACCACCGUCAUUGCUGUACAUUUCAGGUGCAAAACCUUUUUGUUUUUCUUUUGAUGUCACAACACCGCUCCCAUAGUGGAUGAAAUGUCACUUCAGUUGUGCACAUUAAGUUCAGUCAAAGGAGAAGUGAGCACCAGUGCAGCGCGGUCAGUGCAGUGUUGAGUAGAAGCAGAGAUGUCAAAGUGAACAGUUAUGAUGGAGUGAAAAAGAGUGAAUAGCUUUUUUUUUUUUUUUUUUUUUAAAUCUCCUACGUUUGAUGGGAUGUUACAGAACAUGCAGAUUGUUAGAACAGGGUUGUAGAUUACAGAUAGUUCAUGUGAUCAUUCUGAUGACUUAUAAUAGAGUUAGAGCAUGGCUUGAUGCAGUUUUUGCUUUUUCUUGCAGAUUGUGGAUAUUGUGAGCUUCUCAAUUCCAGUGUCGAGUGAAUUUGCAUAGACAAACGUGGAGUUAUGUUAUGAAUAAGAUUACAGGCAUUUUUUUGCCUUUUUUUUGGCGCAAAGUGCAUGCCGCUGGCAUUUUUAAUUACGAAAUGGCUCCUGAUUUCGACUGAGCUUUACGAAAGGUUCCUUGUUUGUUGUUGUUAGUGAAUUAGCCAUCCGUGAUGGUGGACAUUGCCUGCAUGUCUUUGGAACCAGGCUAUUUUACAUGUAAAGUUAGUGUUGCGUAUUUGUUCCUAUUAGGGGUUCGGUGGUUCUGAUCGGUGGUUUGGUACAUCUGUGGAAGAUACAGUGGAGUUACCAAGGAGUCAGGGCAGCUUGCCAGUCAAGCCUGAGGCAUAAAGCUCGAAACAAACAUAACAUAGCUGGAGUUUCCCCCCCCAGGGUAUGCUCACUAGCUCACAUCUCAACACAUAGUACUGUGCCCCCACCACAGAUUGAGGUUAACACAGAUUCCACGAAAUGAAGGAAUUGUUCGUUCCUUGUUUUCUGUCCAUACAAGUAUACCAGUGCAUAUGUGUUUCUGCUGCUCUUAAGAUAGAAUACUGAUGUGAAUCUAAUAUAUAUGUUGGUGCAAAUAUACAUGAGGUAAAUGUGUGUGGAGGCUGAGAGGCUGAAAUACGAAAACAAGAGAUUGUAAUACUUUGUUGUAGGUCGCGGGCCAUUAUUGCCAUUAUUUAUUGCAGAUUGAUGUUCAGUGCAGCCCAGAUUACUCUUUAAGUGUUUUAAAUGUGCUCUCACUGAUGUCCAAUAAGGCACCACAACAAUCCACUUAUCUUUUCAAACAUGUAAUUUUUCUAUGUGUCCACCAGAGAUUGCUGUUCUACUUACUUAGCAUGCAUGCUGAGGUUUUUAAGGUUCCACACUGGCCUGUUUGAAAACCAGUCUCGACCUGUAUUGAAACCUCUCUGUGCAUGGGAGGCUUCAAUUCAUUAUUCACUAUGGAGUUUCACAUCGGUUUACUCUGUGAGCCACAGUGUGAAAGCGUUUAUUUGUAUUUGUUUGGAUGAAAAUAAUCAUAGAAUAGUUAUUAUGUUAUAUCUGGCGCCUGCUUCUGUUCAACAGAGGCGACUGCCUAUAUUCAUAGCAAUUUAUAAAUAUGUAUCUUUCAUAUCAUAAUGUUGAAAUAAUCUAUAUAUCAAUGUUAAUAUACACAAGAUGUUAUAAUAAACAUAGUAUUACUGAAUACCUUAUUAAUUCUAUAUCUAUAUACCAGCUUUUUGUUUGUCAAGAUGGUUUGAACAGGCCAGGACGACCCCCCUUUGUGCAGUAAGGACUUAGAAUUCCUUCCAGAGUGCAAUAUAUGAUUAUGUCUGUUAGAUUUUGAUGACACCUCGGCUUUAAGGGUUUACAGAGGUCAUACUCGACUUAUUUGUUUACAUCACUCAUUGUGGCGCUGGAGAACUGCAACCAAUUUUUUAACUUUUCGAGAGAAAACAAAACAGCGCUUAUCCUUGUCAUUAAGCAUACUUGAUAUCACUAACAUGGGGAUCUAGGCAGUCAGGAGCUAUUCAUGAAGCUAACUGUCUAAGUGAGGUUUUAGAAUGACCAUUUUAAUGUUGAGGAGUUCAUGCUGUAAGUGGGUUUCUAUUCUUAACUUUAAAAAGACUGAGCGUGUAAUAAGUAGGAUUACAUGAACUUUUUAAGUGUUCUUGUAACGUGCCAAAAUCAAAAUAUUACCUCUGUAUACUAACAAUGUCGUAUUUGCAAGUUAUACUUUAUGUUCUAUGCUAAAAUAUGGUGCCAAAUAUGUUUAUAUUUCAGUUUGAAAUUUGUGUGCGUGUGAGUGUGCCAUUUUAAUAUGAUGCAUGGGUCACUAUUUCUUUUAGGCACCAGAGGAGAUAAUUGGUACUGUCCCAUGAAUACGAACCCUCCCAAGGUUUUUUGAAUGUAAGCUUUAUUAGUACUAUAUUUUUUUCUAUAAACAAAACAGCAGCUCUGUAAAUGUGAUGCAGUUGACUUGAACCAACUUAAUUUGUGCACUUUGUAUCGGUUGUUUGUCCAAACAGGGUAUUUCAUUGAGUGAUUUAUGUACCUUUAAAUCAGAGCCAUAUAUAUAUUCUGAUGUUGAUGAUAUUGAUGUAUUAUGCUAAAAAAAAAAAAG